AUCCGUCGAGCAUCUGAUCUCAGUUCCAUCUCCGGACUUUGCUCGGUGGGGGGUGGAGGGGUAGGGGCUGCUGCUGCUCUACACGGUUUGACCUUGCCAGGACAUUCACUCACUCACUCACUCACUCUCCGACAAUCGCUUGAUUUUGUUUAUUUCUUUUCUUUUCUUUUCUUUUGUUUGUUCCUCCGCUUUUGUAUUUUGUUCCGUGCAGAGAUAUAUUUAUACCCAGCCGGUCCACUCCUCCUGUUACUGGUUCAUGGACUGGGAACGUGUUGAGUUUGAAAGAGGAAGUUGCUCGUGCGUUUCAGAAAAGAGAAUUAGGAAACAUUUCGAACGCUUUCAACUCAGAACUUAGUUGAAACUCAGCUCAGAACGAUUCAACCUACAUUUGAACCCGGGUCAAAAAUAUUAACCUGGGUCAUCAUUUCUAACCGAGGUUUAAAGAAAACAUCGAGCGUUUGUUAGUUUGUUUAUUUUUAAACCGGAUUCGAACUCGGAAUCUCCUGAACCGUCAUCCAACACCUUAACCACUGGACCACGGUGUGCUAUGACGUCAGUGCGCAGUUUAGCCCACCUAUAUGACAUCCUAACCUAAAACUAGAAAGAGCCCUGAAGAUGCAUCAUCCCUGACUCACACCCCUGUCUGUUCGGCUCGCUUUAUCGUCCAGCCAUGGAGAGUGCCUUACCUGAGAAGAGGUGUGUUGAAGAUGGCAGAGCCUCUCAGCAGCAAGAGGAGCUUCCCACACCGAUGGAAGAGAAGCCGCAGGGUGAGCCGGACCAUCCCAGAGUGCCGGGACAGGAGAACGGAACUGAGCAGGAGGAAGAGGAAGACGGAGAGGAAGAUGGAGAGUCCUGUGCCAACUCGACAACGCGUACCGAAACGAACACUGGCCAAAUGAACGGGGACGCAGAGACGGCUGCCCCGAAGGCGUCUCCUAAAACCCCCAGCAAAUCUCCCUCUGCUAAUCGCACCGGUAGAAGGAACCAGGAAGUUAAAGAUCGCUCAACCUUCAUCUGCCCCCUGUGUGAAAAGAACUGCCAGACGCAGCAUCAUCUCACGAUGCAUAUACGACAGCAUAAUACAGAGAUCGGGGGGAACGACCACUCGUGCAGCAUCUGCGGAAAAGCGUUAAGUUCGGCCAGCUCUCUAGAUCGCCAUAUGCUGGUCCACAGCGGAGAGAGACCCUAUAAAUGCUCAGUGUGCUGUCAGACCUUCACCACCAAUGGAAACAUGCACAGGCACAUGAAAAUUCAUGACAAGGGCUCAAACGGUGUCCCGGCUACGCGUCCCAUUUCCCCAAGCAAGCGUCGCAAACCCCCCAAGAGGAAACCAAGUACAGAGGAAGAUGGAGAAAAAAACAACGAACCACCCAGUAAAAAGGCGUUUGUCGUGCAUGAAUCAGGGGAGCAAAGCCCUGCCAAGCGUGAAGAAGACCUAUUGCACUGUCCAAUCUGCUUCAAGACAUUCAUCUGUAAAUAUGGUUUGGAGUCACACAUGGAGACGCAUCCUGACACUGUACUCAGGUGUAACCUGUGUUGUAUCACUUUCCGUAACCAUCGAGGUCUCCUUCGUCAUAAUUCCGUUAUUCAUAAGCAGCUGCCCACAGAUCCCAAUGGACGGCCAUUUAUCCAGAGCAACCCUUCCAUACCCCUGGGCUUCAGUGACCUGUCCUUCAUCGACUUUUCUUGCAGCAAGUUCCCCCAAAUUGCGCAGGUCUGGUGUGAGACAAAUUUGCGACGUUGCUCAAGCAAAUUCCAUAGGUUUAUUUGCGACGUAUGCAACAAGGCCUUUCCUCUUCAAGUGUCUCUAGAUCUCCACUUAAUCUCUCAUAAAGACAGUGAUGCCGAACCCCAGAAACAGGACAAUGACACUAUUUCAGAUACAGCCAAAGAUUCUGGAGAUUCCAAAGAGAGAGUUGAAUCAGCAGCACAGGAGGCCAGCGUAACUUUAAAUGGGAAGAAAGAUUUUAUGGAGUGCCUUGGUCUUCAGCAUUCUUCACUCGCUAAGCCUGAGCAGCCUGAGGAGGAGAAGCAGCAAGAAAUUUUAGACAGCAUUCGUUUUAUUCGUGUUGAGCCCUCUGCAACAAAUCUACCUCAAGAGACCAAUAAUAGUCUUGGCCUCUGUCUUCUAGAUUCUAUCUCUCUUCAAGGCUUGAACAAGGGCAACGGUAUCAGCCUUCUUUCAUUGCAGCCACUUCAGGGUGGUUUGGUUGUCCGGCCUGUCAGUCAAACAGGAGUGGAACUUGCUGACAUCCAGCAAAUCCUGAAAUUGGCUACCACUAUGCCAUCUCAGAUGAGUUUGCCACUGCUUCCGAAAGCUCCAGAGAAUCCUCUGCAGGCAGAACCCAAACAAAUUACUCCUCUCAAACCCAAGCCGUUGGUGACUCCUCGAUCCAGCAUGGGAACUUCCACGCCACCUCCGCCAGUCAUGAAUGCCCAGCAAGCCUCUUCAGGUUGCAUCAGCCCCAGCUUGCCACCCCCUACAGCCCAACUUCUUACUUCCAAACAGUCCUCAAACACCCCAUCUUCCUCAACGUCUUCCUCGCCUACAGAUUGGGAGAACACGCAUCUAGUGGGAGACGGCACAGGGGCAACAAUUAUGACUACUGGAGAUAUUAAGCAUGAAGAGGUCCAAGGUAAAGAGAAAGAUAUAAGAACCUCAGGUGGCAAAAAGAUCCCAAAGACGGAAUACCCGUGUCGGUUCUGUACACAAGUAUUCUCCUUCCCAGGGGGCCUCCAGGCUCAUAUGCGAGCUCAUCACUAUGGAGCGUCUCCAUAUAAGUGUAACAUUUGCACCUACACUGCUCCGGACAACGCCACAUUAAUGCGCCAUUUACGAACACACAGCGGUGAACGUCCCUAUGUCUGCCGCCUCUGUCACUACCCUUUCACAGUCAAGGCCAACUGCGAGCGUCAUUUGCGCAAGAAGCAUAUGAAAAACACUCGAAAAGAGAUCGAGAAAAACAUCGAGUACAUUACCCCAUCCUCAAAUGCAAGCAGUUUAGUUGGUGGUACUACACAGGAUCUUGUGGAUUUGGCUAAUAUUGGUAACACGUCCUGCCGCUACUGUGGAGAAGACCUGAAGACCUACAGGGCUCUACAGAUUCAUCUCAGAACUCUCAAUGGCUGUCAGAGGAAACCAUUUGAAUGUCGCCAGUGCGGAGCAGCCUUCCUUGCCAAAAGGAAUUGUAUCCAUCACUUGCUUAAGCAACACUCAGAAGUCCAAGAGAGGGAAAUUGAAGAUCAUAUAAACACCCUUGUUCCUGUCACAGCUCCUUCUUCUGUCCACACCAACUCUCCUGCUCAGUCUCAGUCAGGUAAACAGAACCUUAGUACUUUCUCUGAAGCUGCAGUUCAAGACCAGCCCUUGGAUUUCUCCAGCAAAACUUUGAAAACUAUUCACUCUGAUAUAAAGUCAGAGGCAGCUUCUCCCUCUCUGUCAAAUGACUGCUCCAUGGAGCCUAUCGACCUGUCUAUUCGCAAGGAUCCGGAACGAAAGAAAAUAAAGACGGAACAAGUUGAUACGACUUCAUUAUAUCGCCAGGAGGUCAAGAAAGAGCUUCCUUCCCCAAAUGCAGGCAAGUUUUUAGGAAAGGUCUUGGGUGUCCAUGCGUCCCUUCCAGCAUCUAUGCCAAGUCUUGCCUCUACUUUGACAAGUGAUCUGACCAAGCCCCCCAUACGCCUAAAGCCACUGCUGCCGAAGCCAGUUGCUGCCCCCAACACUUCGGAGAUGCCGCCUCUGGCCUCCAUUGCCCAAAUAAUCUCCUCAGUGUCUGCUGCCCCAGUGCUGCUCAAAACAGGAAUAAACUCUGAGAAAAGCGAUGGAGGGAUGGGUGGUGAAACACUAAUUGAUAAAAAAUGUACCAAUGGCACUGCUAGUCCUGGGUGUUCUUUCAGUUGUCCCUCCCUUGAGGCAUCAAAGAGGAGAGGCAAGAAGAGGCCAUUCAAGGAUGAGAUCUGUGAUUCUACACAGGCAUCCAUCAGUGGGUUUGACUUGGAAUCUAGUGGAGAGUUACCAAGUGUGGAGAAAAUGCUGGCCACUACUGAUGCCAAUAAAUUUAGCUCCUACUUACAGCUGAGGCAAAUGGAGCCAGAAAAGGAGAAACAGUCUGCAAGUGAAGAAGAGAAGGAAGGAAAGGAAGACAAAGAGAAGGUUCGACCACGAAGCAAAGGGAAGAAGAAUGCCUACUCAAACUCGGUGCAGAAGAUGAAAUGUCCAUACUGUCCUCGGGUGUUCCCUUGGACCAGUUCUUUACAGAGACACAUGCUAACACAUACAGGCCAAAAGCCGUUCCCUUGCCCUCAGUGCGAUGCGUUCUUCUCUACUAAAUCCAACUGCGAGCGCCACCUUCUUCGGAAGCAUGGCAUUUCCAAUCGCAACACACUGCAGAGCACUGGGUCACUCCCAAAAACCAAGGCUGAUGAGGGGUCACAGGGAAGUACAGAGGGUGUUUCUGAUGCUGAGCCUGCUGUCUUAGUGGAUGCUGUUGAUCCCAAAAAAGAGGACAAAACCACAACUAUUGACACGGAUCUGACAGAGCAGGCUAAAGACAUGGCCACAGAAUCACCAGAGUUGAAGAAAGAUCUACCGGUAGAAAGCUCACAAUCGGUUGAAAACUUUCACAUGAACACGAACAACAGUGAGAAUGAUGAUGACUCUCAGAGCAACAAGAGCCUUGAGAUGAACGUUGUCAGCGAACCAACAGAACUCAAACUCUCAGAAACUCAGCAGGAGCAGCCCGAGGCUGCAGAACCUGCAGUGGAACCAGAGGAUCCUCCAUCAGAGGAAUUUCCUCACACAUGCAAUACCUGCAAAAAGACCUUCCGGCAUGCAGUCACCCUCAGCCGGCACCAGAAGAUUCAUUUGCAGGACAACCAGAACGAAGCUGGAGGAAGGAAAGGAAAAAAUCAGCCUCUGGUAUCCAGUCAGCCUGCUGACACCAGCCCCUCGCCAAUAAAGGAAGCUGAGCAGGAGACGGGUGCAGCGGACAAGGAGGAGAACAGCAGCGUUGUGGAAAGUGGGGCUGAGGAAGAGGAGAAGGAGGGACAGAAAGAGGAGAGAAAUGAAGAGGAAGAGGGUGGCUCUUCAGAGCUCGAAUCAGCAGGCGGUAAACCCGACAAGAGGAAGAAGAUCUGCAAUGUGUGCACCAAACGUUUUUGGAGCCUACAAGACUUGACCAGACAUAUGCGUUCACAUACUGGAGAAAGACCUUAUCAAUGCCAAACAUGUGACCGGACCUUCACUCUGAAACACAGCCUGGUGAGACAUCAGCGUAUUCACAAGAAAAACCCAGACGACCGAGGAGUAGAUGAGGCUGAUGGAGCAAGAGAAGAUAGUGCCGUGGAUGGCGAAGAUCUACGGUGUUCUUCUGGAAGUGAGAGCGAGACGUCCAAGACGGAGAACAGCAAGCAAGCAGAGGAAACCAUAGAGGCGGUGGAUGAUGCUGCGGUCAAACAAGAGGAAACAUCUAGAGCAGAUGCUUCCAAUGAACUUCAAAUGAAGGAGCUGGAUGAAUUGGAUAUUAAGGCCCCAGAACCCAAAGAUGCGACAGAUCCCAGUCUUAAGGAUAAUCAGGGAGCUGCAGACAAGCCCGUUGUCUAAGACAUGUUGAUUCUGUUAAUCCUGUGCCAUACUUCCAUGAUCUUACACAAACACUAAAAGACAAUGCAGAGUCUGGCAUCUUCAUGCAGACAUUAGAAUGCGUGCAAAAUGCAAAACUGGAAACUUUCUCUCAAUGCCUUAAUGAUUCUUUUGUUCCCCCAGAGAUUUGGAUCCACUGCACAGUAUAAUUUUUAAUCAAAUGUAUAUGAUUGUGUUUUUUAAUUAAUUCUAUAAUCCUUAUAUCGAAAUAAAUUAGUGUUUUGUAUGAUAAGUCGAUGAUUUAUAUUAGCACCAUUAUAUGUAUUAUUCUUAAUUCAAUUCCACUUUAUUUUUAAUCUUCUCAAUGAGUUUUGCUCAAGUGCCUGAGAGCAUAUCUCUCUGAACCUUUGUUCCGAAUAGGCUUUUAUUAGGUUUUGGAGGUGUUUAUUGGUUCACACAGUGGCCUAGUGUACUUUUGGUUAUCAGCUUGGGUGAUCAUUGGUCAAUUUUUUGGCAAUAUUUGCCAGGUUUUGUACAUUUUCUUCUCUCUCAAAGCUCACUGAUAAACAACGCUCUCUGGCCUUGUGGUGUGUUGGACAUAGAACUAAACCGGUGGUUGAGACAGCGCCCCCUGGUGAUUUGGGGUGUAAAGCCUGACAUUCAGACACUGCCUUUAGGCAAAAGCUUGUAUUAAGUACACUCGGUUAAAAAAAAUUGGCAAGCACGGAAGCAUUUCCAAAUAAGAACACAGAUCCGCGUACUUAUUUUUCUAUGAACUUGAUAGAUUUUGGACUUGAGCACAAUCGAAAUCAAGCCAAGGUUUUACACACAGUGCAUCAGACGGAAGUGUGCUUUGCAGUACACGUUGCAUUUAAUCCCAAUGUGAAUCAAAGUCUGUUGUAUGUUUUAGUGCAGUGAUGUUUGUGCUGUGGGUUUUAUACUUGAAAUCGCCCUGCUGUUUGCCUCGACUUAUACAACUGUGCUGUUCACACUGCCUCCUACUUUUCAUAUUCGUCUCUGUAGUACCUCUGCAGUUAGCAAAUCUAACCUCAUAAACCUCUAAUUAGCUGAAUGAAGUUUAUCGUUAAGUCUCAGAUGAUCAACAACGACGAAAUGCUGCAUUUUGGAGCCAAAAAACUAUGCAACAGACAUGUGCUGAUAAUCGGUUAUACAACAUAUCGCAAUAUUGGUAUUUGGGCACUUAAGAAUAGGAUUUGUAACGUUGCCUCAAAAAAAAAAAAAAGUAGGCAGCGUAUUUGUGCAGCGAAUGUGCCUCUUUGAUAAAGGGUCAUUUCUUUUUUUUAACAUACGUAAUAUCAACGCAUGCCUUCGAAAUGAACAAUAACACAGCUCAAGAUUAAUGUCCAAUUUCUUUACAUCUUUAAACUUUAAUCCUUUAAAGGCCAAACUGUUCAUUUAUUUUUGAAAAAAAAAAAAAGGUUUCACCAGCAAACAGGGCUGGUGAAUUUGCGGAAAAACAAAUCAUUUUUCUACUAUGGUGUGUUUGAGAAAUGUGUGCGCUUGCUUGUAGUGUGUAAUGUGUAUGCGCAGGUCUAUCAAAGAUAAGGAGAUCACACUGAAUAUUUUAUGUAUUUAUUGACAUGAGUGCUCGGAGCUAACGUGGACUCUCGAACGAACUCCGAGGAGAAUCGGAAACAAUGACUGUAGCGCUGAACAAUCUUGAAGUUCUUUAUAUUAUCACUUAUUUUGUGGUUAUGAUUGACGCCUUGAGCUGUUUGCCAUAGAUUGUUUUAUUAAUGUCUUUGUUUGUUUGUUUGUUUGUUUGUUUGUUUGUCUGUCUGAAUUAAUUCACAGUUAAAUCAGCCCCCACCAAUACAACCUGCAUUAACUAAAUAUAUAAUUAUUAUUGAAGCCCACGCUUGAAUUAGCAGUAGAGUAGUGAUUUGUGCAUGUCUAAUUAAAAUGGGUGGUUACCAAUUCUUCUCUUUCUCAGGGGCUUUUCAGAUUAUGCAUCCUUCAAUCAUCUGUUUUGUGGAAAAUAUCUCAUUUCUGCAGCAAGCUAGAGCAAUCACUACAGUUACAGCGUAUGCAUAUGAAUGUGAAUUCACCUCAAUGUUCAUCAUCUUCGUCCUCGUCCUCUGUAAUUGUGCAUGUUUCACCGAUUUGUGUUGAUCACUGUAAAAACAAAUGCAUUUGUUAAAGGGAUUGCACAAGUUUGUCUCCCGUGUUCAGUUUUAGAAAGGUUCUUUUGUUGAUUUUUUUUUUCUGUACACGAGUACUCUCAACCCUAUUUGAAAUCAUUCAAGCAAUAAAUAUACACUAAGAAAGAGUGAGAAAUUAA